GUUUGAGACUUCUGUCUACUUCAUAUUGUUUUUUUUCUGUUUCAUUUUUGUGUUUGCUUUCUUCAAUUAUUAAAUUGUGAUUAGUUGUGAUUUUGUGUUUUUACAUCUACUUAACAAACGAGACAAAUUAAAACGAAGCAAAUUAUAGCUAAAGACUCUUUAUAAAACAAAACGAAAUCAACUCAAUUUGAGAUAUAGUGAACGCCCUUUUCCUUGCUUUAUUUCUUUUCUCUUUCCUAUCUUUAUAUUCACAGAUUUUUACUGACAUUGUCCAUUACAUGAGUGUACGUGAAAUUUACAAAUUUUUAAAGUCUCAAAAAAAUUGAAUGUUUUGGUUCAUAGGUUGAUUAUUUGGUUUUACGUAUGGAGAUAGACAACAUUUGCAAAUUAUUGCAGAAUGUUAAAAAUUUACCCUCCACUGGAAAUGAGGAGCAAUUGAAAAAAGACAUUGAGGUGAUCAUCAAUGUACUUCAAUGCCCAGUUUUCGGUAAUAUUGUUGUUGUCAAAGAAUCGUUGGAUCGCCUCAAAAGUGAGAUAACCAAACAUCCUUCCAUCCUUCCUCUUGAUUUUGACAUUGUUCCCGAGACUGGAAAAUUAAUCUUAAAUGUCCCUAACGCUGGAGGUUAUAUCGACUCGAGUGGUCUAAGGGAUAGUCAAUUGCAGGAAAAUGAUCACAUUUUAGGUUUAGAUGGUAAAAUAUACGAGAAUUGUCUCCCACAACUUGAUUUAUUACAAAAAAGUAAUCACGGAAUAAGUAAUCUCGGAUUUUCCCAAGAAUCCUGUUUGAGCGACAAAAUUGUUCCCAGAGAUUACAAUCUCAAUACAAAUGAUACCAUUGUGAUUGAUAAAGAAGACAGCGAUAAAAUAGGUCAAGAUAUGGUUUUAACAACAGAGUGGGCUCAAGUUGAAUCUAUUGAUUUAAUUAAUGAAGACAGUGGCCUUGGAUUCGGUAUUAUUGGUGGACGAUCUACCGGUGUCGUUGUAAAGACUAUUUUACCUGGUGGGUCGGCUGAUCGUGAUGGAAGGUUACAAAUAGGUGAUCAUAUACUACAAAUAAAUGAUGUCAAUUUGCGGGGUAUGAGCUCUGAACAAGUUGCUCAAGUAUUACGUAUAGCUGGAAGUGAUGUCCGAUUAAUAGUUGCACGUCCUAUUGAACCAUCUUCCGAUUUUCAUGUUUUACAAAGCAGUGGUCCAGCUGUACCUACACGAAUACUUAACGACCCAGAAGCUGUUGAACGUCAUUUAGCUUUAUAUCAUCAGCAAACUUCUGGUAGCAUUGGUUCUAUUAAUUCAGUUCCUUCCAUCUCAGCAUUUAGCAACCCUUUUCCUCUGGUAUCCUUUAACGACUCUGAAUCAGGUCUUUUACCCACGAUAGAUGACUCUAAAACUAAGCUUAAUUUAGAGGAUCACUCUGAAUCUGGUCUAUAUAGAGCUGAAGGAAACAGUCACUCAAUGGAAACCAUCCCAUUACCAGUUAAAUCAAAUUCAGAGCCAUUUAUUCAACAACAAACUCUCUUAAAUCUUGAAAAUAAGCUUAAUUUGGAUCUACCAGAGAUGGAAACAUUUGAGGUAGAGUUAGUUAAAGACCAACAAGGUUUAGGAAUUACUAUUGCUGGAUAUGUCUGUGAAAAAGAGGAAAUCUCAGGUAUUUUUGUUAAAAGCAUUGCUAAAGGUAGUGCUGCAUAUUUGUGCCAAAAAAUUUCAAUUCAUGAUCAGAUUAUCGAGGUUGAUGGUCGAUCACUUUACGGUUAUACUAAUCAUCAAGCAGUUGAAGUGCUAAGGAACACUGGCAAAAUUGUUAAAUUAAGACUAGCUCGAUAUCUACGAGGGACCAAAUAUGAGCAGCUCCAACAGGCUAUUUCUGAUGCCGAUAUGGAACCACCAAUUCUUCCAUUAUCAAGAACUAAUAAAACCACAAUUCAAGUACAGAGUGGCAGUUAUCAACAAGAGGACUUACAUGAUUCCACAUUUUCAUCAUCAAUUGUUAACAAUAAUCAAAUUCCAUUUGUUCCUCCCUUAAGUCUUGCCGUUGAAACAGCAGUUAUAAAUAAAUGGUCAGCAGUAUUAGGUCCUGAAUAUGAGAUUGUGGUUGCUCAAAUUAGAAAGUUCAAAGAAGGUGGAGGAUUGGGUAUUUCUUUAGAAGGUACGGUCGAUCUUGAAGAUGGCGAAGAAGUUAGACCUCAUCAUUAUAUUAGAGCCAUUCUUCCCGAUGGGCCAGUUGGUGUUAAUGGUCUAUUGAGAAGUGGCGAUGAAAUUUUAGAGGUUAAUGGUAAAGAGUUGUUGCGGUUGAAUCAUGGUGAUGUUGUGCCUCUAUUGAAAGAACUGCCGAUGAAUGUGUGUAUGGUUUGUGCUCGAGUGAAGGUGCCAAGUAAUCUGCCAUCACCUCAGCUAGACACUGUUGAUCUGAGUGCCAAUGAUAUACAUUCCAUCAAACAUGUGAAUCCUAUGUUAGAGAAUCACAUGAGUACCACAACAAUCUCAGGUGAUCGACUAGUCAAAGCUAAAUCAGAUGGAUCUCUUGCCAUCGGCGUAUCCAGCUCGGUCGAUUUGGCUAAAAUGAAAUCUCGUUCCUUGGAGCCUUUAACAGGUCUUGCUAUGUGGAGUAAUGAAGUUCAAGUAAUUGAACUAAUCAAAAGUGAUCGUGGUCUAGGCUUCAGUAUUCUUGAUUAUCAGGAUCCUCUGAAUCCCCAUGAAACUGUAAUUGUCAUCCGAAGUUUGGUUCCUGGAGGAGUGGCUCAGCAAGAUGGUCGAUUGAUUCCUGGAGAUAGGCUUUUGUUUGUAAAUGAUAUCAGCCUUGAGAACUCUACUCUUGAUGUUGCGGUGCAAGCGUUGAAAGGGGCUCCUCGAGGUGUUGUGCGGAUUGGUGUUGCUAAGCCCCUUCCUCUUCCAGAAAGCUCAAACUCUUCCCAGUCUAAAAUAAUGGAAGCUCUUGAGGCUAAACAUUUUGAUGUUAAAUUACCAAGUAACGUAGACAAAUCAAUUAAUUCCAGUGUAAUAUCUAUUGAACCAUUCCACGAUGACGCAGAUGAUCAUUUUAAGGAGCUUUGCUAUCAAGAACCCAAAGAACCAGCAAUUUCAUCAAGCAUUGGAUCCAUUCCAGAUCGUUUCGCUCACUCAGCUCCUCCAAACUCUCUACCCUUUUCACCCUUUGUUUCUGGCGAUUCCCUCCUUAUAUCAUCUGAUUCAAGAUCAUCGACACCUUUAGACUUUGGUUUUAAUUCACGAACUCCAAGUGAAAACAUUGACCCAAGUCUUUCAGUUAUAUUACCAUUACCUUCAGCCUUGGAAAGAACAAUCAGAAUCAGAAAAGGCAAUGAUCCGCUUGGCCUUACAUUAGAGUUAGCUGAUCGAGGUAUCAAUGGUCUUGUUGUCAAAGCUUUAGCUCAUCAUGGAGCCAUUUACAAAGAUGGACGAGUUCAAUUGGGUGAUUAUUUAGUUGCCAUUAAUAAUGAAAGUUUACGAAAUGUCACAAAUUCACAAGCUCGAGCAGUACUUCGUCGAGCUCAGUUAUUAAGCACAGAUAUAAGUCUCAAAUAUGUUCCUGCUGAAGAUGUUUCUGUUCACAAACAAUCAGCCUUACUAGCUUUACAGCACAAUCAAAUGCCAAAUAAAGGACGAGAAUCGCCAUUACUUGCUUUAAUACGUCGUACACCGUCACCCAGGAGAUAUCCUAAAUAUUAUCGUUCACCCUAUUUUGGAUCAAGAAGAAGUGAAAGUGACUCCGAGGAAAAUCUUAUUUCAUCGGAUACUUUAGUUCAAUCAUCGUGUCCACAAUUAAAUACCAAACAAUCCUGUUGUUCACUUGACAAAAGUAAAUCUGAUUCACCGGACGUUCAUUCAUCAUCACCUGAGAUCUCAAUUAAACAUCAAGGUCCAUCAACAAUGACGGAAAUUGACUCAUUACCUUCAUCUUCCAAUAAGAUUGAAACAAUUGAUUGGCUCAAUAACAGUACCAUAUCGAGAAGUGCUUCCUCCGAAAUAACCAAAGCACAAGAACCACAAGUGCCUACCAAUGAGCUUACACUAGGUUAUCUAGGAUUAGCAACUCGAAGCCAUUCAGCAAUUAAUUUAUCAAAUAGCAAUACUUCCAGUUCAAGUGUGACCACCGUUAGUGGCUCAUCAACAUUGGCUCGUCAGUGGGGCUCACCUCGAACUAUUGAAUUAACCCGUGAACCUGAUCAAGGUUUAGGCAUCUCCAUUGUUGGUGGUAAAGUUGACCUUUUCAACUUAUCACCAGGCCAUUCAAUUGGUGGUAUUUUUGUGAAAAACAUUCUUCCUGGAAGCCCGGCUGCCAAAAGUGGUCUUCUUAAGCGAGGUGAUCGUAUACUUGAAGUAGAUGGUAGAGACUUGCGUGAAGCAACCCAUGAUGCUGCCGUUGAAGUGAUUAGAAGUGCUCAAAAUCCAAUCAAAUUUGUUGUACAAUCUUUACUUCCAGUGCCCCGUGAAAUGAUGGAUGAUGUUGAACUGUCUUCAUCCCAAAAAGCACCCGAAGCUGUGGAUACAUCUUCCAAUGCUACCCUUGCUGCAAUAACUUCGGUAACCGAUGAAGAUUGUCUCAGUGAACGGGAUAAUACACGAUCUGAAGAGCUCACCUCUUUACCCAAAAGUACCUCUGAAUCAUUGAGGCCCUUUGAAGGUUGGAUUCCUCCAAGGACACCUUCACCAGUAGUCAUUCAACCUGGAUUGGAUGAUGAAGCGCUUCAAGAAAAUCAAGCUCAACUUGAAGCUGCUCGAACAUCUCAAUUUAAAAGUGACGAACCCGAUGAACCAUCGGAAGAAAUUAUUGUUAAAAAAUUGACCAAAACUAAAACAGUUUCUCUUGCCUCUGAAACAACUGAAGACUCAGAUUCUGAAGAAGAGGAAAUCAAUGUUAGAGAUACCAAAGGAAAGGUUUUCUCGGCUAAAGGAGUUGAGAUUGACCGGACGAGUGCUGGUAACAUUAAACUUGCUCCAGGUGAAGUUGACGAAGAAGAGGAUGAAUUUGGUUAUACAUUAAAGAAGGCAAAUAAACGUUAUGGGCAACUUGGUGGUGAAAUAUUAAUUGUUGAUUUAGUUAAAAGAGCAACUGGAUUAGGAAUAAGCCUUGCAGGUAACCGUGAUCGUAACAAGAUGAGUGUUUUCAUCGUUGGAUUACAUCCAAAAGGAGCUGCAGCUAAAGAUGGACGAAUCAAGGUUGCUGAUGAAAUAUUAGAGGUAAACGGUGUUGUACUCCAUGGAAGAUGUCAUCUCAAUGCUUCAGCCGCAAUUAAAAGUUUGCCUGGACCAGUUUUCAAGAUGGUCCUCUUAAGACGAGAAGGUGCCUUAGACGAAAUGGCUGUUAAAGAAGUGAUCCAAUUUCCCGUCCAUUUAGAGGAAGAGGCGCUUCAGGAGAAGUACAAUAAAUUCCACGGAGUCAGAACUGUAACUGUACGAAAGGGAGCUUCUGGUCUGGGAAUUAUGAUUAUUGAAGGGAAACACACUGAACUUGGUAGAGGAGUUUUCAUUUCUGAUAUUCAGGAAUCAAGUCCAGCUGAACAAGCAGGAUUAGCUGUUGGUGAUAUGAUCCUCUGUGUAAAUCAAACUGAUCUGGUUGGAGCAGAUUAUGAUACUGCUGCGUCAACCCUUAAAAACGCUGAAGGACUUUUAUCGAUUAUUGUUGCCAAACCACAUCGAGUUUCAAAUCGACCUGAUCAAGUAUUAGCUCAACCAGGCGAAGAAAUAGCUCAAAGUGAUCCAAAGAAAGAUCAAAGUUUUCCUCCCUUACCACCGCCUAAGCCCAAUCACUUGAAGCACAAACAAAGCUCUAUGCACGAUAGUUACCAACACUCAGUUAACCCUGUAAACAAUAAUAAUAACACUCUACUCACAAGUCACUCCAAUGGUACCUCUAAUAAUAAUGAUAAUAACAAGCAGAGCAUUAAUUUAAACAAUUACAAUACUAGCCAGAAAUCAGGCCAUCAUAAAAAAAACUCAGUUUUGAGUAAUCCCGUUUCGGGCUCUGGUAAUAAUAACGGACAAGUUGUUCCUUUGGGCAGUUCAACAAUCGAUUUUAAAUCCAACAAAAUGUACAACAAAAAUUUGGACCUCUCCUCUUCCUCCUCCACCUCCACCCAUUGUCAUCCCACUCAUUCUUUUUUCCAUCACGGAAAAGACUUGGCCUCUCCAAUCGCCGAUGAGGAAAUUACCAUGGUUGAUCCAAAAACCUGUGAAAUUAUCCCAGGUCGAGAAACUAUCGUGGAAAUAGCAAAAAAGAAAAUGGGCCUUGGCUUGAGUAUCGUCGGAGGUUCUGAUACUCCACUGGGCGCUGUUAUCAUUCAUGAAGUUUAUCCUGAUGGGGCAGCGGCUUUUGAUGGUAGAUUAAAACCAGGAGAUGUAAUACUUCAAGUAAACGAUGAGAACCUUCGAAAUGCUCCUCAUGAACAAGCCAUCGCAUCACUGCGACAAACUCCUUCCAUAAUACGUAUGGUUGUCUAUCGAGAAGAGUCUCACUCUUCCGACACUGAUCUCUAUGAAAUAAUGAACAUUGAAUUGUUCAAAAAACCUGGCAAAGGACUUGGUUUAAGUAUUGUUGGACGUAAAAAUGGUCCUGGUGUUUAUGUUUCCGAAGUUGUAAAAGGUGGAGUUGCUGAAGCGGACGGUAGAUUGCUUCAGGGAGACCAUAUACUUCAAGUUAAUGAAAAUGAUCUCAGGAAUGCAACUCAUGAACAUGCAGCUGCAAUUCUUAAGACAACUAUGGGUAAAAUUGUUAUGAAAAUCGGAAGAUUGAAAACAGGAAUCCGUUUAAGUCAUAGCGGAGAAAAUGCUAGUUCUGUUAAUAAAUCUGAUGAAAGUUCUGAAUCAGAUCCUAUUCGUAAAGUUAUAAUGCUGAGGAAAGGUAAUGAAGGCUUAGGACUCAGUAUUGUCGGUGGUAAAGGAAGCCCUCAUGGAGACUUUCCCAUUUAUGUGAAAACUAUUUUUGAUAAAGGAGCUGCCGCUGAAGAUGGACGAUUAAACCAAGGAGACCAGAUUGUUGCUGUUAACGAUAAAAGUUUAGAAGAUGUUACUCAUGAGGAAGCCGUUGAAUUACUUAAAAAUGUUUCAGGAAAUGUUGAGCUUACUAUUGUGAGCAACUGAAAGUUUUUAUCUUUAAUUGUUUUGAAACAAACAAAAGACGACAUUUUUGCACCAUUUUUGUUUUUAAAAGUUAUCUCGUGAAGAGGACAAAGAAAAAAGAUGGUGUGGGAUAAAUCAAUUUGCAAUCCAAGUAAAUUAAGAUUAUUGAAUCAAUCGGUGCCAUAAUUAAAUCAUGAUCAUCAAUUUUUUGCGUUGUCUCCUUCAUCUCUGUACAAAACUAAAUCAAUCUUAUUGAUUCUUUCCUUUAAAGAUGCAACCCAAUCCAAUACAAUUUAUGCAUUUAUCUGUUGGAAAAAAGACAACAUGAAACAAAUAAAUAUUAAUAAAGGUUAUAAAAAUUUUA